AUGGUCAAAGAGGUGCGUAGCAACAUCAGUGUAUCAGUAGAUGAACUGGUGAAGGCAGCGAAAUGCGCCAACCAAGACAACUUGCGCAGCCAAGCACCUAUGGCUUUGCCAGGGUCUAACAGACCACAAUCAUAUGCGGCAGUAGUAAAAGCUAACCCUCCCCUGAUACUGACAAAGGCGCUAGCAAAAAGCGAGGCACACGCUCGACAGAUCCUAAUAGACAGAAGAUCCCCGCUCUACUCCAAUACACUCAGAGACCUUACAGAGGCGCAGCUAGUAGCAAAGGCCACACUAGCCAUAGAACUAAUGACCAAGGACGACAACAACAUCCCCGAAGGCAUGGUAUUCUUAUCAGCAAGAAGACUACCACAUGGCGGAGCGCUCUAUGAACUCAACUCAGCCGAGUCCGCAAGAUGGUUCGACAACCCCGCAAACAGAAGCAAGUUUCUGGAACAUUUUGGAAUAGAAGUAAUGAUCAAAGAUCGAUCGUACCACGUAAUAGUCGAGAACGUACCGAUUUCCUUCAUACCCGACAACUACGCAGCACUGGCCGAAGUAGAGAAGAAAGCCGGGCUCAAACCCAAAGCGAUCAUCAAAGCAAGAUACAUUAAACCGAUUGCUAGGCGCAACCCGGGACAACGCACAGCCCACGUUAUCUUUACAUUCAGUGCCAAAGAAGGGGCGAACCAGGCGAUUAGAUUUGGUCUAUCAGUCGAAGGUAAGAAGGUCUACGGAAGAAAGCUGAUCCAGGAACCCACUAGAUGUCUUAAAUGCCACUCCUACGAAGGCACACACGUAGCCGCCACCUGCCCUCAAGAACACGAUAGCUGCGGAACGUGCAACGAGCAACACAGAAACCGCAGAAUGCACAAUCACGAACCAGGAACUGUUCAAGUGCAGGAACUGCAAUGA